UUCUGGCAAGUAAAUAUGGCGGUGUCGCAAGCUCUGUCGGAGGAGGAGUUCCAUCGGAUGCAGGCUCAGCUGCUGGAGCUCAGGACCCAGAACUACCAGCUGUCUGAUGAGCUCAGGAAGAACACUGCAGAACUGAAUGCCGUCCGACAGAAGAAUGUGGUUUUGGAGAGAGAUUUUAUCAAAGCACAGAAGGCUUUGAAUAAGAGCAAGAAGGCUCAGGAGGUUGAUGCGUUGCUUAGUGAGAAUGAGAUGUUACAAGGGAAGCUCCAUAGUCAGGAAGAAGACUUUAGACUUCAGAACAGCACUCUGAUGACAGAACUGUCUAAGCUUUGUACCCAGAUAGAGCAGCUAGAACAAGAGAACCAGGGUCUGAAGGAAGGAGGAGGAGCCCUAGCGUCUAGUCCCGCCCCCAACAGUGCAUCUAGUCCUGUAGAUGGAGAACUGCUCCGCCUCCAAGCUGAAAACGCUGCCCUCCAGAAGAAGAUGACAGCCCUCCAGGAGCGCUAUGACCAGGCACUUCACAAACAGAUGGUUGCCCAAAGUAACCAGAGUGCUACCAUGGCGACAGAUGGACCAACCAGCAGCAACGGAGUCUCUGAUGUCAGUGUGAGAGGGGAGGAGCCAGCUGCAGAUGUCAAAGAAAGACUAGAACAGGCUGAGGCUCAACUGGAGCAGAGCACAAACCAGUUAAGUGGCCUGUCAGAGAAGAGCGUAGAGAAGAUUGUAGCUAAACAGGCAGCGCUAGGCUGGUCGGCUGCUCUCUGUCCAAUAACUCACUGCUUUGGACCAGAGCUGGAGAUGGCACUGAACACAGAGCAGGAGGAGAAGAGGCUGCUGAGGGAGCAGAUCCACAGCCUGGAGUUGUCCAAACAGACAGAGAUGACCAAGCUGCAGGAGGAGAUAUCAAAGCUGUCUGACAAGCUGAAGAAGAAACAGGAGAGUUUCCAGCGUCUCCAGGGAGAGAAGGAGACCCUCUACAAUGACAGCCGGACAAAGAUUGAUGAGAUAAACCAGAGGAAAGAGGAGGAAAUGAAAUCCAUGAAUAUCCGCAUCCAGAAACUACAGACAGACCUCAUGACAGCUAAUCAGACUGCAGCAGAACUGAGAGAACAGCUUCAGAGCAAACAGAAAGAACAUGACCUGGCCUUACAAACCGUGAAAGAACAGGCUGCCAGUCAGAGUGCAGUCAGUCAGGAACAGGUGGACAACAUCCUGCAAGAGAACGAUGCUCUGAGGACAAACCUAGCUGCUCUAGAACAGAUCCAGACAGUGAAGACUCAGGAGUUGAAUUUGCUGCGUGAACAGCAAGGAGCGAUGUCUACUGAGCUGCAGCAGCGACGGUCUGAACAGGAGAGUCUACUGGCUCAGAGAGACGACCUCGACUCCCAACUACAGGAGUCAAACUUUGCUAACAGGAAGUUGUUGGAGCAGUUGACAGAAGAAGGACAGGAAAGAGAGAAACUACUGAGAGAGCUGGAGGAAGCUAAAAAGACAGCAGAGAAGAGGAAGGCCAUGUUAGAUGACAUGGCAAUGCAGCUGAACCAGGCCCAGUCUGACCACAAGGAGGCGCUGUCUGACCUGAAACUGCAGCAUGAGAAGGAGGUGCUGGGUGUUAGGGCUCGCUAUGAGAAGGAGCUGAGAGGACUCCAUGAAGACAAGAAUCGCUCAGAAGAGGAGAUCCGCCAGCAGCUACGAGAUGAGAAGGUACGGACCAGGGAACUGGAGGCAGUACAACAGAGUAUGGAGGUUCUGCAGGCUCAGGUUCAGUCCAUGGAAGGAACCAAAGGCUGGUUUGAAAGAAGACUGAAGGAGGCUGAGGAGAGCAUUGAGAAGAACUCUCUGGAACAUCAAGCGGAGAUUGUAGAAUUACAGAAAGAACACACACUUCAGCUGGAGUUGAAGGUCUCAGAGAUGGAGGAAAUGAGGAGGCAGCUGAUGGAGGUGGAGAAGGCGAGGGAUGAACACAGUCAUACUAUAGGAAAACUCAAACAGGAGAUAAAGGACACCGUGGAUGGUCAGAGGAUUUUGGAGAAGAAGGGCAGUGCAGCUCUGAAGGAUCUGAAGCGACAGCUGCAGUUGGAGAGGAAGAGAGCAGAUAAACUUCAGGAGAGGCUACAGGAGAUACUCACCAAUAGCAAGACCAGAACAGGUUUAGAGGAGUUGGUCUUGUCGGAGAUCAACAGUCCUAGCCGUACCCAACAAACAGGAGACUCCUCCUCUGUCUCCUCCUUCUCCUACAGGGAUAUGAUGAAGGAGGUGCCACUGCCCAAGGAGAACAAGUCUGGAGGGGGGAGUCCUCAGUCACAGCGUCCAGCAGACUUGUCUGAUCAUGAGGUGGGCGAGUUGUUCCAGAGACUGGCUGAGGUUCAGCAGGAUAAAUGGAUGCUGGAGGAGAAGGUGAAACAUCUGGAGGUGAGCUGUUCCUCCAUGGCUGAAGACAUCUGCAGGAAGAGCGCCAUCAUAGAGACCUAUGUGAUGGACAGUCGUAUAGAUGUGUCAGGCAGUGCGGUGGGGGGUCAUGGAGGCUCCCAGGCAGAUAGAGGAGGUCUGGGGUCAGUGCUGAGAGAUUUGGUGAAGCCAGGAGACGAGAACCUGAGAGAAAUGAACAAAAAACUGCAGAACAUGUUGGAAGAACAACUGACCAAGAACAUGCACCUGCAGAAGGACUUGGAGAUCUUGUCCCAGGAAUUAGUCCGUCUCAGUAAAGACAGCAGUCCAGGGGGCAGUGGAGCUGGGUCAGGAUAGGUCUAUGACCUGGAUCCUUCCAUCUCAGCAUCCUGCUUCCUUUCACUUCAGCCAGGGAGGGCUUUGAUUAUGACUCUGUUCCUCUUUCUCCAUUCCACCCUGUCUCUUCUAAGCCAAGACCAGCCGGAGGUCUUGACUACGGUUUACCAUCUCACUACUCAAAUCCACCCUUUGCUUCCCAAGAAAGUAAAACUAAGUAUGAAGGGAGGGAAUGGAGAGGUGGAGAGGAUGAAGAUUUGAGCUCUGCUGAUAUGUUGCCACUGAAUGUACUGUAAUUGAACUACCAUUCUGGUUCUGCCAGGCUCUGAGUACGUCCUGGGAAAAGGCCCUUAACAUAUCUGUUUUUAGUUGCGACUGAAAUUAUUUGUUUUCAAUUAUUUCUAUGUUCACAUGUCUGUUGUGUGUCUUUCGUUGGACCUUGGUUACAUCUUGGCCAAACGCCUCUUCUGUUAUUUAACAAAAUGUGUGCUUUUGUUGCUUACUGACUGAAAUAAAACUGUAAGUCUCUUA